AUGGCAAGACACACACAGAUGCUCAGUGACAUUAUUAAAGGAGUCAGUGAUGUUAGUGUGAACUGUUUUAAUUGGUCCUUUCAUGAUGUUGAAGAAGAGGGCUGGUCGAGUGUCAGAAUAAAAAGCCUCUCCUUCUUCUUCUUCCUCUUCACUCCUGCUUCACUGCAGACUCACACAACAUCUCUGAACCUUCUCAUCUCAGCAACAGAUAACAUGGUUUUCUCUGUGCGUUUGAGGAUCCUUCUCGGGGUCAUUUUGCUUUCCUGCAUUCAAAGUGCGAUGAAUGAAAAUGUGGAUAUUAACACCCUUUCCAGGAUUCAAAGAUUUUUUCAUUUCAAUUAUUUUAACGGCGACCAGUAUGCAGUAGCCAUCAAUGUCCCAAAGCAGCAGUGCCAAAGUGAAUUCUACCCCAACACAAGAAACUUUCUGAUAGAUGACAGAUCAGAAGAAGUUAAACCACACACAGGAAAGAACAUGAGUGUCUACACAGGCAAGCAACUCAUCGCUGCAGGAGUUGAUAAAAUAGACGAUAAACAUUCAGAGUAUUUACUGAUGUAUCCUCUAAAUAAUUCUCAUUUGACAAACUUGUUGAACACAAAGAAGGAUGGAUGUGUAGUUUUGUACACUUUUCUCUCUCCCUGUAUAGCCAGAUGUCUCAACAACAAUAUUUCGCCGAGACGUGAUAUUAUUAGAGGUCUUGAUCAAUUAGGAGCAUACCAGGGAAUCAAAGCCUUUGUUUUCACACAUAUCUACUAUGCGGACAAAACAAAUCCAAAUCUUAGGCAUGAACUAAAGAAGAUUGCUGAUCGUGUGCCGCUUUACUACUGUAAUGAAAAUGGUUGUAUUCUUUGCGGGCAACCAGGUUCAAACGUACCAGUGAUAGAUGAAUGUCUAAGGGACCCAUGAGCCAAACUUUCCAUCAUCUUAGGGACCUUGAGUUGUUUUGACAGCGAUGCUUUAAAGUAAUUGAUGAGCUAGUUUACUGCUGAAACUUUUAUGCCUUUUCAUAUAACCUUUCAUAUGCUGCCUCUUAUAUUUUCUUUCAUAUACAUAUAUGUAUAUAUAUAUAUAUAUAUUUUAACUACAAAUAUGUAAUUUUCUUGCAGGGAACAGUAAAGGUUCAUCUUUCAUUUGAUUAAAGAAAUGAGUGACUGUUAUCAUGAAUGGGAGCUUAUAUAAAAUUAAACAUUUUGAAAGACCCAAUAAAGGAAAAGUAGCAGAAAAUUAAAGAAUUUUUUUAUUUAACAUCUGGCAUUAUGACCAUAAGGUUUUACUGCUGUAUGAACCACCAUGUUUGCUUUAAAAAAAAUAAUUAAAAUACUAAUUUGUUUACGCUUGGGUCAAAAUAUUUUGAAUGGUUUCAUUGUUUUGGAAAAUAAAUAUGAUUAUAUACACAUA